UUCCCAAGGGAAUUUAUAAUCAAAAGGUUCACUGGUUUAAAGUGUUUAAAUUUUUUAAUUUUCCAACAUUUGAUUGAUUUAAAGUUGUUGUUGGUCGAUUAAUAUUUUCAGAUUAACUAGUGAUUAACAAGAAUUGAAAAGUGAAAAAUCAAAAUACAAUAACAUUUGACAUUCAUGAAAAGUGAACAUCGUUAACCUUUGUCUCUCUCUUGUGACUCUAGGAAAAGCUGUCAUUGAACAAUUAUCAUGAAAAUCUAACUGGAAGUUAAUUAAUUAUGAUGGUCACACUGUUUACAAUGAACUAAAUUAAGUCAAAUUGAUUUCAAUUAUUUGUUACCAAUUUUCAUCAAGUUUCCAAGAAAAGAGAGUCAUCAUAUCUAAAGCUCUCAUCCGAGGUUGAUGGUUAAAAUUCUGGUCUUGUGUAACUUUGAUCCAAACAACUAUUUUCUUACCUUGAAGAAAACCUGAAGAUCUGAGAAAAGGAUAAAGAUCUGAAAAAUCAACAAUACAAUCUGAGUAAUCUGAUUGAGAAGUAAAAGAGAACCUCUCAAAGUCUUCCACUCUCCUCUUCUCUCAGCUUAAGCCAGAAGAUGAAAAACUCAAAUGGCUAGUGGAAAGUCAAUGGCUAUUCAAUUCAUCCUCUCUUGUCUAAUUUAUCUUCUCACCUCAUAACUUUUCAUCUUCUUCUCCAUUUUCAAUUUCUUUCCCUUUUUACUUCCCCAUAUCUCCACCUUUAUCUCACUCAUUCUUUCAUCCUCCUUAACUCCUUCUCUCCAUCUCUGAGUGUACUAAUCCAACCAACUGGCCAUCAAUUUCACUCCUGGCUACCCUCAGGCCUACCCAGUGAUUAUAUUUCUAACCUGAGUCCAUUCAGUGAGUAAUUGACCCACCCCAGUAAUCAAAUACUGUCAGUGCCAAGAAAUGAAUUCCAGUUGUGAAAUAGACUCAAAAGUCUGUACCAACGGAAUUGACCAUCCUGUCAGUGAGCGAUCACCGUUAUCUCCUUCUGAUGCCUCUUCCCCAACGUCAACCCAAUCAUCGUCCACUACAACAAUACCAACAGCUAAACCCACAUCGCUCAAUAACCAUAAUGGAAUUUCUGAAAAUUCUUCUGGAUCAAUCAAUGUUCAGUCCGCUCAGCAGCAGCAACAACAACAACCAGCAAACAACAUUAAUAAUAAUAAAACAAGUGAUAAUAAUUCAUCUUCAAGUGGCCCUGGAACCUCAGCUUAUUCCACUCCUCGAUCAUCGUCGGAAAAACUGGACGUUACUGAAGAAACUCUUUGCUAUCAGGAAAAACUAAUCACUGAAUGUAAAACCAGAAUGAAAGAUAAAUUUAAUUCUCUGGAAAAAGAAACCGGUGUCAAAUUACGAAGAUAUUGGUCUGAGAAUGUAAAUGAUUCUACAAGUGAUCAUGGUUCAGGUGAUGAUGAUGAUUCGAGUGAUAAUGAAUCUCACCAAGUAAAGAAAAGGGAAAGAUCUUCAUCAACCAUUGCCGAAUCAUCUACUUCAAAUGUAACAAUUAAAGAAUCACCUCAAAUAAUUACUACUACCAAUAGUCAAGCGAUUAACAAUCAUGAUGAUAACCUUCAUCCUGUUGUUGAUUUAAAAAGCAAUGAAACAAGUGCAACCAAUGAAACAAUCCAGUUGUUACACAAGCAAUUAGAGAAGGUUCAAGAUGAAUUAAGAGCAAAGGAUAACGAAAUUGCCAAAUUAGCUCGAAUACGAAGUCAAGUUGAAUACGAAUUGGAAGAUUUAACCGCUAGUUUAUUCGAGGAAGCCAAUAAAAUGGUUCGAUCAGCAAAUGUGAUGAGAGCCAAAUCUGAUCGCGAUUAUAAAGAGGCAAUGAUGAAAAUGCACGUUCUUCAAGCGGAAGUUGAUGCUCUCAAAGUUCUGGUCAUCACUUCAACUCCGGCGACUCCUAACAAACAUCUUCAUCCUCACAUUGAUGGAGCCAAGCCCACUAACAAUAUCCUCAAAGGUGAAUUGGGGUCUUGGCGAUCAAGACUCAGUCCAUUUAAUCAUUUUCCACGUAUAAUUACUAAAUCUCAUUCUAAUCAAUCUACUCCGAGAAAAUCUCCUAGCAAUUAUGAACUCGGUGGAUCUCCUGGACUUAAUUACGAAUCAAAUGGAACUACAAACGAUGUAGAAAUUGAAAUGCUCGGAUUAUCACCGAUCGGUGAAGUUGAUCCAGUUUUCCAUCAACAAUUUGCUGAAUGGAGGAAAAAUCCAUCUAUCGAUAAAUCAAGUUCAUUCAUUUCCAGUAUCUAUGAGCAAGAAAUUAAUCCUGUUUUCAAUUUUAAAAAUCGUUCAUUAACUGAUUCAGUUCUUGCUGCCAUAGAAGAUAACUCAAUAGCCAUUGAAUCGGUUUCCGAUAAAUCAGCUUUUCCCAAGAAAUGUGCUCUACUGGAUAUGCCAAGAACUUGUAAAUACCGAAUGAAAUUAGGAAAUGAUUGGUACAACAUCUCCUUACUUUGUCGUAAUCGCAUUACCGCUGUCUGUGAUCUCUUCUGCUAUUUACGAUACAUUCAACAAGGAUUAGUUAAAAGUAGUUUUCAUGAUGUUUAUUGGGAGAUAAUGCAACGUCGUAAAAACAUUGCUCUAUCACGACUUGGACUUCCUACCUGUUAAUUUAAUUAAUUUCAAACAAUUUUCACCGCAACAAUUAAACGGAUCUUCUUUAAACAAAUGAAUCUCUUCUGGCUCAUAUUCAAGGCCUAUCACUUACACAUACGUGCAUAUAUUACUUAUAAAAGAACUUGCAAUUUAGAUUAUAUUAUAUUAUUUAUGAUAAUUGUCCGAUUUUCUUGUCCAUCGCAAUUGUAAAAAAAAGCGUUAAUUAGUUGCUAUCGAAAUCCAAUUAAGUUUGUUCAACCUUUUUAACAUUAAUUAGCUUAGAAUAUAUUCCUUGAAAACUUUUCUUGUUCUCAUUGAGAUUUGAUUCUCAUCUCGUUAAAUUAUUAACAAUUAACGUCUUUUAAAUGAAUCUCGAAUAUUAAAUUUUAUGUACAUAUUAAUUUAAAAAGAAAUUGAUUGUAAUCAAGUUUCUAAAUUAUAUCAAUCUGUUUACACAAACAUGA